UGAAAGAGAAGACAAGACCAAGGAGCUUUGAAACAACCAGACCGUGCAACUUUUACUGACUUGAUAUUUUAAAGGAGAAAUGAGCAUCAGUACAAGUAUGGAUGUUUUGAAGAUUUUCCCAUUUAAUUUAAUGGAGGACUUGGUGAUUUUGCCUCUUAUGUUUAUUACAUGUUGCUGGGAACAAAGAAAAGGAAUCUUCAUUGUUUUGUUGACCUCUCAAAUAAGAGUGUGUAAUGGGGACCAAAAUAAUUUAGACCCAGGAAGGGACCCUAAAGUUUCAGAUGGUUCAUUGAACACUGCUGAAAGGUUAUUCGUUUGUGCAUUUGUGAUGGCUUUAAUUUGUCUUCUUAUAUUUAUAUACCUGCUGUGUAGAGAAUGUCAAAGUAAACAAGGGGAGAAGACUAGAGUUGACAGUCCAGGAAGUCAACCUCUGAUUCAAAAUUCAGAAUUAAAGGAAGUUCUAAGUAAGCCAGAUCAUAAUUGUACAAAGAGCUUAAAGCUACAAGAAGAUUAUAAAUGUACAAAGUGCUUAAACCUACAAGAAGAAUUGUUUAAAAUUGUGAAUGAAGUAGAGGAAAAGGGAAUCAUUCUUAACUCAGUGUGGGAUUCAUAUCUGGAAAAUAAAGCUGACAUAAGCCUGCCCGAAGCAGAACACCUUGACAUUUUGCAGUCUGCAGAUUCAUUACAUGUUAGGUUGUCACAAAAUACACAAGGACAAGACAACUGGCCCUGCAUUACAGGCACUGCCUUGUCACCUGGAAGGAGUCACUACUGGGAAGUGGAAGUUGGUGAGAAAAGCAGCUGGGCGAUUGGAGUGGCAUCUGAGAGCAAAAGAGAAAGCAAAUGCAUUCCUGAUACUCCAGAAGGUGGAUUUUGGAUCAUUCGGCUGUGUAAGGGAAAGAGCCUUGAAGCUGUCUCCAAUAAAGUCAUUAAACUUCAAAAAGAAAAACCCAGGAAAGUGGGAGUGUACCGGAAUGGGAAUUACGUGUCCUUUUACAAUACAGAGGUCAAACAACGCAUUCAAAGAUUUGAGAUUAAACAGUCUCAAACAUUAUAUCCUGUUUUCAGUCCAGGAUUACAUGACAGAGGUCCUCUGAUCAUCAAAAAAAGAGUAUAACACAGAGUUGAUUAACUUAUGAAUCUGUUCCUCAGUUUCAGAUAUUACAAUUAAUUUAAGCUCUUAAAGGUUGUCAGCCUACGGUAAGGGCCCACUAGUGCACACAUCCACACUUGCAAUCCACUCAUCAGUGUAGAACUGCUAAUUAACUAAAAUGAAUAUCUUUUGGAAAUGGCAAGGAAAAAAAAAUAUCCUGAAGAAAGGACAUGUAGACAUGAAGAGAACAUGCAGGCUCCACACACACAGUGAUUAGACACACGUAGUUUCCAAACAGAGGAUGCUGAAUCUGUGAGGCGAAAUCUUGUUGCCUCAUUUUCAGAUAAGCUCUUUAAUAUUCAGUGGGCAUUUGUUUUCAUUGUGAAAUUAAGUCUAUCGAAGCAGUUUUUUUUAUUAGACAAACAUUUUUUUUAUGUAAAGUAAAUCUAACACGGUUUAUAAUUUAUGAUAUUUAAUGUUUUUUGGUAACAUCUCUAGUAAUAAUCUGCAGUUUUCAUACCAAAGCAGGUUUGAGGCUUAUAAUAUUCAUGGAUAUGAGAUUACUUUGAAUAAUAUUUAACAAAUAUCAACAUAGAGUGGUUUUGAAUAUAAUUCUUAAUGUUUAUUUGCACAUACAGUAUAUACAUUUUUAUGCCAAUGUAAAUUCUAUAAGACAUUAUAUUUAGAAAUCUCUCUAUGUGAUCUAAGCCUAUUCAAGAAUAAGAAUGCUCUCUAAGAAUAAGUUGAACAAAAUUAAAUUAAAAUCAUUAUUUAGUAUUUAGUGUCAUCUGAUAUUUUAGAUUAAAUUGGCUGUUUCAGUUGAUAAGAAGAUUUGGUUAGGUUUCUAUAGGCAUUGCUUAAAAUGAUCAUUUUAUCUGCUAAAGUAAUGAUUCCCUAUACUCGGUAUAUCAAGUUGUCCUUGUUAUUCAGAAAUAUUUGUUUGUUGUAAGGUUUUCCUCUUAUUUAGUGCCAUAAAGAUAGGGCCCUAUAUUAACUUGUAUAUAAAUAAUGUUUUUCAUUUUACUAUCCCUGUCUAAUUUUGUUUUUGAGAUAAAGAAAUAAAAUACCACUAGAUAUUUCAGACAUUAACAUCAGUCAUGUACCUUGACACCUUUGCUUGUUCAUAAUUUCAACUAAUACCAAUGAGGUUAGAUAAUAUCAAUAUCAUAUUUUAUAGUGCAUUCUGAGAAAAAAAUUAUAUGCAUAACUAUGCAAUGAAUUUAAUUUGGUCGCUUCAGUGCUCAUCAAGAAAUAUUCAGCCAUCAGUUUGAUGAUUUUAACUGUACAUAAAGCAUCUUUGUAGCACUGCUACAGUAGAUUUUAUCUUUCCAUAACGUCCCUAUAUACUUUACAUCAAUGAAUCUUUA